CGUGGGGCUUUAACGGCUACUUCCAAUACUUCAAGAGGCUCCCCAUAUAACCUCCCAAAAGUGUCACCGACCCUCUAACCUUUUCCAGCCUAUCAUCUUCUUCUUGCAAAAGAAAAGACCCUUUUUAGCCCAAUAAAAAUGCCCCAAAGAAACCAAAAAAAAAAGAAGAAGAAACUCCAUGCCUGAAAAAAUGUUCAAGAAAAGGUCUUCUUCACCAUUUCUGCAGAAAAUGGCCAAUCUUUUAGCCAAAAUGAGAAGACCCAUUGCUGCAAGGCUCAAGAUUUCUCUGAAAUGUUCAAGGAAACUGAAGAGGGUCAGGCUUCUCAGGCAUUACAACUAUGGGUACAUUCAAGAAUACGAGUAUUCUCCUUCGUGCACACCAAGUGUUCGACAUUAUCACUACAAGAGGGAAGAAGCAAAGAAGCUCCAUUUUGGCUGCAGAGGGCUGUUUGGUUCCUUGUUCUUGGUCUCGAGGUGUUUGGGUGCGCCGAGCGGGGGGGCUGAUGAUGAGAACCGGGCGGUUUUCAUCCCGAAUUUGAGCUCCGGGUCGGAGGCGUUUGGUUGCAAUGAAGAGAGAGAGAUGAGGUCCAUUGAUGAGAGGGCAGAGGAGUUCAUUGAGAGGUUUUAUGAGGAGAUGAGGAGGCAGCAUUAUGUGAUGAAGCACUUUGAUGCAAUGUCAUUUGAGAUGACAGAAGAUGGGAAGUUCCGAAUUGAAAAGUUUGAUGGUACAAAUUUCAGUUGGUGGAAGAUGCAAAUUGAAGAUUUGCUGGUUCAGAAAGAUUUAGACGUGGUAUUGGGUGACAAGCCAGAAAAUAUGUCGGAUGCAGAUUGGGCAGGAGAAGACAGCGAAGGAAUUAUGGAAGCGCUGUCUAAUAUGUACGAGAAGCCAUCUGCAGCUAACAAAGUUUUUUUGAUUAGAGAGCUGGUGAACACAAAGAUGAAAGAAGGCACUUCAAUUACCGAGCAUAUCAACAAGUUGAAUUCGAUCUUAGCCAGACUUUUGUCAGUGGGCAUUAAGUUCGAUGAUGAAGUUCAAGCUUUACUACUGCUAUCGUCUUUACCUGAUAGUUGGUCCGGAACGGUUACGGCGGUUACCGGUUCAGUGGGACCUGAUGGAUUCACCUUUGAUCAGAUUCGAGAUCUCGUUCUUGGCGAGGAUGUCAGAAGAAAGAGUUCAGGGGAGUCAUCUGAUGAAUUGCUUCAUGUUGGCUCUGCGAGUGACGAGGAGGUCGCUCUGACUUGCUGUGAGGAAAGCAAUGUGGAUUCCUGGGUCAUGGAUUCUGGUGCUUCAUUUCAUGCCACCCACAGCGGUGAAGCAUUGCAGAAUCUGGUUAUUAGAGACUUUGGAAAGGUACGACUAGCGGACGACAGAGCUCUUGAGGUGACGGGCAUGGGUGACAUGGUGUUGAAGACCUCAGUCGGUUUCUGGACUUUGAAGGAUGUUAGAGUGGUUCCAGCCUUGAAGAAAAGUUUGAUUUCUGUCAGGCAGUUGGACGAACAGGGACACGAGAAGAGAAACAAAGUCCGGUUCACAGAAUCUCGUGGGCAGAAUAAGGUUGUCUGUGCAAGAGAGAAACCUAGAGCCACUGGUCAGACUCAGGAUGAACGAGCGUGGAAAGGUUCAAGGGGGCCAGUCAGAGGUAUUUAUGGCAGUGGGAGCUCAAGAGGCGCUUCAGCCAAGUUGCCUAGAAGACAGUGGGCCAGGAGAACCAGUAUUCCAGCUGUUGGAACAUCUCCAGAAAAUUUCUUGCUGAGUAUGGAGAGUGUUUGUUCUCAAGAUGUUCCAGGAUCCGGCAGUGUGCGUCUGCAGUGGGAGCCGGUAGGGACCGAGGACGAGUCAAGGGCCGCUGCAAUAGGAGAGCUGAGGAAGAUUACUCGAUGUACAGGGAAUCGUGGUGGAUGGCAGUUGAUGACUAUCAAGCCUCCAAGUGGGAGAAUGUUGGAUAACAUGCCAAAAAUGGCCACCCUCACCAAGGAGCUCUCCACCUUUCAAAUCACCAUUACCACACUCAUUCUUGGUUUGUCAAUGGCUUUCUUUGUUGUCACUCUUGGAAUGUUCAUCAACCAUAGGUACAAGAAAAUCAUGGUCUUUGAAGACAUUUACCUCCCUCUACAUGAUUUAAUACCCACACUCCCAAACAAGAACUCAUGUCAACAUGCUGAUUUUAACAAUAGCUACAACAACGUCACAGUUAAGAAUCAGUUGUCUCUGGAGAACGCGUGGCAUUCGAUGAGCGACGAUGAGUUGCUUUGGAGGGCUUCGACAACGGCGUCGUCUCACGCAGGAGCAUGUUCGUCGCAUAACGGAAGGGUGAAGGUGGCUUUUAUGUUCUUGGCAAGGGGGAGAUUGCCAUUGGUAGCUCUUUGGGAGAGGUUCUUUAGAGGGCAUGAAGGGCAAUUCUCCAUUUAUUUUCAUAUUUCUCCAAAGUUUAGAUAUGAUGAGCCUCCUCAAUCUUCUGUCUUCUACAAACGUAGAAUACCAAGCAAGCCAGUGCAAUGGGGAAGGCCAAGCAUGAUAGACGCGGAGAGACGUCUCCUAGGCAACGCUCUCCUCGACCACUCCAACCAAAGAUUCGUCCUCCUCUCAGAAUCAUGCAUUCCACUAUUCAACGUCACCUUCAUCUACGACUACCUCGUCAACACCAACCAGAGCUUCCUCGGGUCCUUUGACGACCCAAGCAAGGUCGGGCGAGGAAGAUACAACAAGAGAAUGCAUCCCAGAGUCGCCCUGUCCGAUUGGCGAAAAGGGUCCCAGUGGUUCGAAGUGGAUCGUGAGCUCGCGAUCCGAAUAGUGUCUGAUGUCGUUUACUAUCCCGUUUUUAGAGACCAUUGUCGGCCACCGUGUUAUGCAGACGAGCAUUAUUUGCCCACACUAACCAACAUUCUUUGUCCGCAGUCAACGUCAAAACGGAGUGUUACGUGGGCAGACUGGUCGCGGGGCGGGUCCCAUCCGAGAACGUAUAUGGGGAGGGAUGUGAGGGAGGAGCUUUUAAAUGGGGUAAAGUUUGGAUAUAAUUGUAGUUACAAUGGUAGAAUGAGUAAUGUUUGCUUUCUCUUUGGGAGAAAGUUUCAUGCUUCCACCUUGCAACCUUUGCUUAGCUUAGGCACCAAAGUUCUUGGCUUUAACUGAACUUUUUUUUACAUUUCUAUAUUUGUUCUAUAGCAAUAUGUGUUAGUGAUUAGUAGAUAAAUUCAUAUUUUUACUUACAUUUUCCAAUCAAUCACAUAAGUUGGUAUAUAUUGUGGCAUAAGGGAUGGUAGAUGUGUAAUUUGUUUCUUCAAAUGUGUGGUGGAGCUAAAUAAUGACUGGAAAUUGGA